UGCACACCACAAUCAAUCCCCUUCCCCACCACACCAGUCAGUCGACUCGACUCGACUCUCUCCUUCCCAGAACUGAAACCCCCCAAAUCCGCAGCACUUGCCCUAUCCACCUCGAUUCCCUUCCUCCCGUAGCGGCGCCGGCAGCGGCGCGUUGAAGGCGAAGGCGGCGACGCCAUGGGCGGGGUCGGUGACGGCGAUGCGUGGGCGGAUCAGGAGCAGGGCAACGGCGGGGGCAGCCGCGGCGGCGGCGGCGGGGAGGCCAAGCGGUCGGAGAUCUACACCUACGAGGCCGGCUGGCACAUCUACGCCAUGAACUGGAGCGUGCGCCGCGACAGGAAGUACCGCCUCGCCAUCGCCAGCCUCCUCGAGCUCCCCAACCGCGUCGAGGUCGUCCAGCUCGACGAGGCCUCGGGCGACAUCGCCCCCGUCCUCGCCUUCGACCACCAGUACCCGCCCACCAAGACCAUGUUCAUCCCGGACCCGCACGCGAUCCGCCCCGACCUCCUCGCCACCGCCGACCACCUCCGCAUCUGGCGCAUCCCGUCCGCUGACGACGCCGACGCCGCCGCCAACAACAACAACAACUCCGGCUCCGUCCGCUGCAACGGCGCCCCGCAGCCGGGCGUCGAGCUCCGCUGCGAGCUCAACGGCAACCGCAACAGCGACUACUGCGGCCCGCUCACCUCCUUCGACUGGAACGACGCCGACCCGCGCCGCAUCGGCACCUCCUCCAUCGACACCACCUGCACAAUCUGGGACGUCGAGCGCGAGGCCGUCGACACCCAGCUCAUCGCCCACGACAAGGAGGUCUAUGACAUCGCCUGGGGAGGCGCGGGGGUCUUCGCAUCCGUCUCCGCCGACGGCUCUGUCCGUGUCUUUGACCUCCGGGACAAGGAGCAUUCCACAAUCAUCUACGAGUCUGGUUCAGGUGGCGGUGGCGGUGGUGGCUCCAAUUCGGGUGCUGGAGAUGGCGGAGCUGCGUCACCGACACCGCUCGUCAGGCUGGGAUGGAACAAGCAAGACCCGAGGUACAUGGCCACCAUCAUCAUGGACAGUCCCAAGGUGGUCGUGCUUGAUAUCCGCUACCCGACACUGCCAGUGGUAGAGCUGCACCGUCACCAUGCACCUGUCAAUGCCAUCGCGUGGGCGCCACACUCUUCUUGCCACAUCUGCACAGCUGGGGAUGACAUGCAGGCGCUGAUAUGGGACCUAUCGUCAAUGGGCACUGGGAGCAACGGCGGCAACAAUGGAAAUGGUAACGCUGCCGCAGCUGCAGCAGCAGAGGGCGGUCUUGAUCCCAUUUUGGCAUAUACGGCAGGGGCAGAGAUUGAGCAGCUGCAGUGGUCCGCAACCCAGCCUGACUGGGUUGCUAUUGCAUUUGCCAAUAAGCUUCAGAUUCUCAGGGUCUGAUUGCCUAAUUCCACCUGUUUCACUGAGAAGAGUUAAGAAAAUGGGGGCAAACUUGGAUGAUAAGGUUAGACUAUGGGAAGAAAUAAUCCUGCAAUUGCUUUAGUGUUGCUUAUCUAUGCUGUGCACAACUGAUAUUCAUGGCGGGUUGUUUCUAGUGAUAGAACAGAAGAUUUGCUAGUUAGAAGCUCCAAUUGGCAAUGAACCUUGUUUUUAGGUUAAAGUAGCAGCUCUGGUGUUAGUGUUGGUGAUAAUGGGAACUGAAGCUAGUUUGCUCAUUGUGCUAGAAUGUUCAUCUGCUCAGUAGCAUGUAGAUUCACAGCUUAACUUGCUCGUUGAACUUGCGAUGGUCAUAUGUGCCCAAUAAUGCUAUAACUGAUGAGCUUUCUUGUGCGUGUUGUUAUUUGAGUUUUGUGGAUUUCAAAUGUGUAUGUGUUAUCGUGCCAUGAUUAUGGUAGGUUAUAUCUGUUUCUGGUUAUUAAACCUAAUCGCCAGAUGAUUUGCUAGUUGUUUCUGGGUUUUUAGAGUACGUAGCUGUGCCAGAUUUUGUCUUGGAAAUAAUUCGAAUUUGGCAAUGUGCCUCAGUUGUUCUUUGUGCUAGAAUGUUCUGCUUGGUAGCAUUUAGAUGGUGAAUAGCUCUUUAAGUUGCUUAUUGUAAUUUGGCACUGCAGCUAAGUUGCUUAUUGACAUUAGUAAGCUAUGAUCUGGGUUGUGUUGAUAUAUUAUUUCACUUUAAUGGAUUUCUUGUGUUGGUUGCAUUAAUGAUGAUACAUGCAAACCUGUAGCUACAGUUUGUCUCCACAUGUUAUAUCUCUCUCCUUUUGGAUUCAUUUGCAUCCUAUAGAAUAUCUCUUUGAUUUUGUUGUCCAAAAUGCUGGUGUGGGCAGAUUUGAUAAAACCUUGCAUGCAAUAUUUAGCACAUAGCUUGUGCUGAGUUACCAUAGCACGUUUUGUUGCUGUGCUAAAGGAUUAGGAAUUUCUAUUUCCAAAGAAUAAUGGUGUAACAAAGAUGCGUGCAUAUAAAUACAUGUUACAAGUUUCAUUCUAGGUAUUUUCUUUGUUUACCUUUAGUUGCUGCUUCGUGGGUUCCUUCCUUUGCUGAAUUUUGUUAAGUGAGUGUUUAGUGUUUACCGCUGGGAUGGAUAGGAAGGCAUGCAUAUGAAAUGUGAGCAAAGCAGCCAACUUCCCUUGUUGCAUGACCUGACACAGGGCUCUUGUCAAAAUUCUUCUAUCACUAGCCAGAUGUCUGGAACUUUCCACAUAGAAAUGUCUCUUUGAGUCUUUGUUAUGAGCUGCAGUUACACACAGGAUAACAAGGGGGGCAUAGGGAUAAGUUAUCCUACUCAUAAAAAGAAACCAUAUGCCCCCCUUUUCUAUAAAUUCGCAAAGUUUAUUUGUGUUAUUCUUCUUGUGAAGUUCGCAUAACUUAUCCCUAUGCCCCCCCUUUUCUAUGGUUUCUUUCUAUAGGCUUUUGGGGGUGAUCUAUCUUGUACUGGUGUACAUCAGCCGCCAGAAUACCUUUGUAUCUGGUUCUACUUUAUAGUUUAUAUACCCUCGGACUGCAUGUACAUUUGAUGGGAGAAUCAGAUUAAGGCUGUUCCUUUUUCUUGGAUCAUCCAAGUAUCCAGCAGCUACAGCCAUCCUACUUUUGAUUGAGGGAUAUUCUGAAAACAAAAGAAGAUGCAACAAUACCUUUGUAUCUGGUUCUACUUUAUAGUUUAUAUACCCAUGGUUGCAUACCUGCAACUAAAGUUUCUUCA